AUGACGAGGGACCAGAAUGGCACCUGGGAGAUGGAGAGCAAUGACAACUUCGAAGGCUACAUGAAGGCCCUGGAUAUCGAUUUUGCCACCCGCAAGAUCGCCGUGCAUCUGACUCAGACAAAAAUCAUCGAUCAGGCCGGCGACAGCUUCAAGACGAAAACCAACAGCACAUUCCGGAACUACAACUUGGAUUUCACCGUUGGAGUGGAGUUCGAUGAGUACACGAAGGGCCUGGACAACCGGCACGUGAAGACGCUGGUCACCUGGGAAGGCGACUGCCUGGUGUGCGUGCAGAAGGGGGAGAAGGAGAACCGUGGCUGGAGGCAGUGGAUCGAGGACGGCAAGCUGCAUCUGGAGCUGACCUGCGGGGACCAGGUGUGCCACCAAGUGUUCAAAAAGAAGUGAAGCCCACGCGGGAGGCCUGCUGAGCCCCCUAAGUGCCCUGUUCCCAGAGUUCUCCCCACCAGAGCCCUACUAAGGCGUCCCAUGGGUGAGAGUGUCACCAUGCCAGACAGAGUCUCCCUCCCCUGAAACCUGGCAUUAAACAAAAGGACAA